GAAAACGUUUUCAGAACAGGAAUCGGGAAGACACUGUAGGAAUUUAUAUUAAAUGCUGAAAAUAGAAGACCAUUAUGUGUUUGAAAUAAUCAUUAAAUCCGGAAGUCUUCUUUGAAAAAAUUGUUGCCGGACUGCUUGGGUCUGUUUUUCAAACGGUACACAUUCCUUCAAGCGCGCGCUGUUCAUGAAAAAUAUCACAAUUUAUCUGCAUGCAAAAUUCUCUUGAGGUUUAUCCACUUUGUUGAAACAUUAUCUCCGUGUUUGCUUGCUAAUCAUGAUUGAUAUCAGGUCAUUUAACUGCUUCAUAAUGGGAGACCCCUUAACUGGAAAAACUGCUGUCUCCCAAAUGUUCAUGAGCGAUGGUGGCAAAUUUCCUAAGACUUACAGUUUGACCUUCAGUAUAGACAUCUCUUCGAAAAUAUUUUCUAUCCCUGGCGAAAAUGCUGACAGUAAAGUACAAUUUGUAAUAUAUGACACUUCUGGACAUGAUAUUUAUACCGAUGUCGUCAAGAAAUGCAUUAAGAAUUGCGAUGUAUUGCUUCUUGUAUACGAUGUGACCUCAGAAUCAUCAUUUGAAAACUUGAAAGAGUGGAUUCAACUCUUCUCUGAAACAAAUGCUGCUGUUUCCAAACCUAUUUUCUUAUUUGGGAACAAAACUGACUUACACAACAGGAGAACUGUUUACACAGAUAACAGUUCAAAAGAUGAAAUUAUGAAAAAAUUCGGAAUUUCAAGCGCUGUUGAAGGAUCUGCAAAAAACUAUGAAGGUGUUCAUGAAGUUUUCACAGCCAUGGCGCAGUAUUUACUCGAGUAGUACUGCAGAAUCAUUCAAACUUCAGCUAUUUUUGUCUUAAAAAUGUAGUGUUUUAUUACUUCACUUUAAUUCAAGUUAAUUUGCCUCUUACAAUAAAAUAAUUGAAGUCAAAUGCGACGCGUUGAAUCAUUUCGUUUGAUGUUAAUUUACAUCUUAAUACCAUAAAUAAUAAUAAAUACAGCAUUUAGCAUCGUAAUCAACAGCAAGAGCAGUUUUAAAAAUUUCUGGAAAACAUAAAAAUGUGCAAAAAAAUUAAUCCUCACAAAAGCUUCAUAAAAUGCCAGACGAAACCAAGUUGAAGAAUUUUACUUAUUAUCACUAGAUAUUAAUUAGGAAGCAAAAAGAC